GAGUGGCAGAUAGAAGAGGUUCCUUCAUCGCCUGUUACCUCAUCUGUAGUACCUCUUCAUUAUUUCAUUGCGGCCAGCCGAAUCGUCGGCGACGGAGCAUGAAUAUUUUAGCCGGUUCUCGUGUGGAUAGACAUAGAGUAUGAUGUUCCCAGGCCUGGAUGUUCCACAGGAUCAGUAAUGGUUUUACGGUAUAUAGAUCAACGACUUCGAUGGAAUAUAUAUUUGUCUUUCCGAUUGAUAUCAGCUACAACUUCAUGUUGUCCCAGCUUCUGGAUUGAACAGCUCUCAACCUUGAAGUAUCUUUAGUCCAUCCCUCACAGGGAAUAUUAACAUGGGUUGCCCGACGGAGUAUCAGACAAAACAUUGCUAAUGGCUAGUAAAAUCAAAGUCUACCACAACGGAAUGAUUUAAUGGAGUUUCAUCCAAAGCACUCUCAAGAAAACCCUUGCCCAUAUUUUGAUUGGCAUAUUGCUAGAGACAGGAUCUCUUUGGAUGGCAUAAUCAAAGUUUAGUUUUCAUGAUGCAACGUCAACACACGACAGAGUCAGUUGCGAGACACGGAAAACCUUCCAGAAAGAAAGGACUUGGUUUCGAUAAACUAUGCAUUGACGACACCAUUGACGAAGGCUACUCAUCCGGCAACCCACCACCCUUUACAACUCAGUAUCCGAAAUUGGAUGCAAGUUCGGAUCCAGAUGCGGCAACACAACUAGAAUCGAAGAUGAGCAAACAAAAAGUAAUAAACAAUAAUUGGACAUCUGGGAACCGGGAUCACAAGAAUAACUCCAAAUUGGUGGAAGAAAACCUGCGUGCACCAGAGGAACGACUUUCCAGGCCAAAAAUGCUUCAGCGGAGUGAAAGUCGGACUUUUGUCUUCAUCUAUGACGAAGAAGAGAAAAAAAGCAAGGCAGUCGCAGCUCCGGAUAACCUCAACGUCGACGUACCGGUUCUGUUGCAGUACAAUCUGACGGAGGAAGCCAUCGAGAAGUGCCUUGAGAAACCGCAACUCGGGAAUAGCCCGACCGAAGACAACGGCGAAACGGAAGACAACAUGAACAUUCCUGCGGUUGCAGCCGACAAGGCGCUUGCUUUGGGCGGGAAAUUUUGUCCGCCAACCGAACGUCUGCUCCGAAGCAGGGAGAAGGAUGAGUUGAAGAACAAGGGCAUGCAUGUGGUUAAGUGGUUAGUGAAUCUAGAUCACUCCAUUGAGGAACCCCUUACAGACUCAUGAAAUCAGAUCACCAAGUCAACUUGACUUACAUAUUUCUUUUACUAUAUACUUCACCACUUCCUAUCUUCCUGUUUUGUUUUGUUUUGUUGUUGUUGUCUUUUCGUUUCGUUUCAAGGAUUAGAAAAAUGAGCAUGAAUUUUGGUUUGCUAAAUUCUUCCUCCUUACAAAACUUCGCCGAUUACCAAAGUGACAAAGCCCAUCUGUAAAAAAAGUAUUCCUUUAAUAAAUUAAGAUGAAACAUUCCUUGCUUUGAUUUUUGUUUUCAUAAAAACAAUUCUCUUUCUCAAAAAGAAGGAGUUUGUCGAUUUUUGUAUUUUUUCAUAUCUUCUAUAAUAUAUGCAUGCUGGUAAUGCAGGACGAAAAUUCUUAGAUGCCUUUUUGUUAGUGUUCCGUACAAGUAAUAACAUGUCCUUUCAUUGAUUAUAAAAUAAGGAACGAUUCUCUUUCUCAAAAAAAAGGAGUUUGUCGAUUUUUGUAUUUUUCAUAUUUUCUAUAUAUAGGCAUGCUGGUAAUGCAUAUUAAUUUUCAUGUUAGAGAAUUGAGAAUUAUAGACAUUCCACUCAUUUCACCCUAUGAAAGUUCAAUAAAGGGUUUCAGCUCUUUCCCAACGACGUCCCAAUAAGAUAUAAUUUAUUAGUUUGAAUUGAUAUGAAAUUCAUAUCUUUAUAUCUUUUAUUCGCCAUGGAUGCCUUAUCUUAUAAGUUAAAUAGAUUUGCCAAGAUUUUAGUUUCUGUUUUGUCGAUACUCCUUAUUAUAAGGCAGAAUCUUUACAUGCGGGCUCAUUUGUUUGUAAGUGUAAGUGAAUGAAAUAAAGAAAGAUUUAGAAUGAAUCAAAUUUCUAUUAUUUUAUUCUAUUAAAAACUUUCCUAAUCAAAUAUGAUAUUUUAAAAAGUAUUUUAUUACUAUAGUAAUAAACAUGUGAAUCCAAUAAAGUUCAAAAUGCGUUUUGCCAAAAUUUGAAAUUGUUCUUAUUCAUAAAUUUAAAAAAUAUAUAUAUUUAGGUAUAUGGAUGAUGUCUAAAUUAAGGUAAAUAUAAAUGAAAUGGCUAGUAAUUUUUAUUUUCAUUCUUUUUAUUCACUUUAAUAUGAUUUUGUGAUCGUAUCAUAUUUAUAGCAUCUUUGCAUGUUUGGACGUGUGAAGAAUGAAAUAUAAAAGAAUAACUUUCAACAACUUCGAAUGUAACGUGUUUUAAAUGUUGAUAAUUUCGUUAUAUCUCUUCCUUUCUUGAGAUUACGUAGAAAAUAAUAUAUUAAAAGGAGAUAUAGAUAUGAAUUCAAAUGAGA